AUGUCUUUGCCUCCUUUGGAAGGCUCUCGUGGGCGUCUGGAUACGUUAUUGGACGCUUCAACCUCUUGUACUACUCGUGAUGGAUCCUCUGAUGCUGUCAACGUCGAGUUUUCCGCGUCAAACGACGCUAAUCUCUCGUUUUCGUCAUCUGUAGCAACCCCCGAACAGUUCCUCCCGCCCAUGUCGUUCCUACGCCGCGUACCAUCCACUCCAAGCGCCAAUCGCAGUCAAAAUAAUGACCGAAAUCAACGCAAAGAGAUUGAGCGCAAUGAGCUGUUGGAAAUGAUCCUCGAGUCGAUUGCAAACGUCCCUAAAGCUGUGGAAAGAAUCCAUACAAAUGAGAAGUUACGACAGGCGCUACAUGACGAAAUGGGCGAAGAAAACACGCUAUUGCAUCAACUUUUUGAUUCUAGAGAGCAAUUGCCGCAUCCGAAAGGAUUUAUAUGCGGUAGGAAGCUGUCAGAGGACGAGAUAAGGCGUCGGGACCUUGUGGAAGACGGAGAUGACAGUGGUUUCUUGUCGGAGCAUCCAUUGAUGUCACUUGAUAGCUACAAAAAUAGCCAGGAGGACGAAAAUGACCAAGAUAGUGGAGACAUUAGCAGUGACUUUGACUCGGAGUACGAGAACGACCUGACUGAAGCAGUGAACCAGCUGUGUAUGACGGAUGAAACACUUACGACAAUGGACAAUAUGAUAUCGGAGCCAAUUGCAAUUGCGUGCACGAGUAUUACGAGUGGUAUGUCGGCAAGGAUGUCAACUUCACCACAAUCGUCGUUUGGAAUGGGAGCUUCACCUGGAGCAACGUCGAUGGACGGGGAACCAGUGUCAGCGUUAUGGCCUCGACAGCCGGAUCAGUUUGCAUUUACACAAGAGGAAGACAACAAUGCUUGCGCGGAAGAUGAAGUGUACAGUGAAUUGGCGAGUUCUGUGUGCGAAGAUGACACAUUCCAGGAUGAUGUGGAUGGAAAUGAAGAGGACGUCGAAGAAGACGAUCUGGAUAAUGAGACCGAGGAAAAGCUAUUCCAAAUGGACGAAGAUGAUGACGUUGCCGAUGAUGGUAAAGGUAGCGAGAAAGAGAUGGAAAAUGGCAUCUUGCGCUUGAUUCACGAGGAAACGCUAGCGGAUGCAUUUGUUGUAGGCUCUCCGAUUCAAGGCCAGGUAACGACGUUCCAAAAUGAUCUUGAUGGAAAAACGAAGAAGAAGGCGGACACCGUUCAAACUGUUGAUAUCAAACAAGGCGACGAUGUGUGCGACGAUGCUGCAGCGAGCGAAAGCUCAGAGAGUGAAGACGGCGAGCCGAAAGAAUACGAAGUGUAUAAACUCCGUAUAAUUCGAGAAAAAAAUCGUACUGGGUUUGAGCCUAAUCAAGACUGGCGUCCCCGUGCUGGCAGUGUGAUUGGAAAUCGUUACAAGGUGGAAAUGGCAAUUGGAGAAGCAGUCUUCAGCCGAACGUACAAGUGCAUCGACACAACGACUGAUGAGGUAGUAUGCUUGAAGAUCAUCAAAAACAACAAGGAAUACUUUGAUCAGGGUGUUGACGAGAUACGCGUACUGGAGUAUAUCGAUCACAACUGUAAAGUGGACGAGAGGCAUCUUAUUCGGCUUUUGGACGCGUUCUACUUUCGCGAGCACCUGAUAAUUGUGACUGAGCUACUUCGGGACAACCUCUACGAAUUUUCACGUUUGCUUUUACAACGUGGUGUGAUGAACUACUUCAGCAUUCCUCGUCUAAAAAAGAUAGCAAUUGAGGUGCUGGAGGCGCUGGACACGUUACACUCGCUGGGAGUUGUGCACUGCGAUCUCAAGCCAGAGAAUAUUCUGAUCCAAAACUUUAGUGCGUGCACUAUUAAGGUGAUCGACUUUGGGUCGGCGUGUUUUACGACGGAUGAGCUCACGUCUUACGUCCAGUCGCGUUCGUAUCGUGCCCCAGAGGUAAUCCUCGGACUCUUGUACGGCACAAAAAUUGAUCUAUGGUCGCUCGGGUGUGUUAUUGCUGAAAUGUACACGGGUGAAGUGCUCUUCCGUAACGACUCGGAGCAAACUCUAUUGGCUCGGAUCCUAGCGACAAUUGGUCCUAUUCCUGCGUCUCUUUUGGCUGAUAACGACGGAUUACAACACCAAUUGAUUGACACGGGAUUGUUCACCGUGGAUCACUUGGGUAAUGGCAUGUUGAGUGCGAAUCUCGAUCUACCUCUUCUCGAACAAGCUGUGGAUACGAAAGAUGCAGAAUUUCUCGAGUUUUUGCGUGCAUUAUUGCAAAUUGAUCCAACAUAUCGAGUCUCGGCAAAAGAGGCAUUAACCCAUCCAUGGCUUCAACAUGGUGUUUUUGCGGAAAAUUGCCUUUGA